ACUGUCACUUAGUAUUGGGUUAGGUCAGCCCGUGGUAACGUCGACGUUCGUAGUUAUUACCUUCCAAUUGAACGUUCGCUCGCUUGUUGUUUAUAAUAGAAAAGUAAUAACGACUCGCCUCGGCUGUUUCAGUUGUUUAUUUUUUUUUUUAUUUUUCGUUUACUCGUUUUAAGUUUCAUCAAUCGUAUAUGUACUUUCUCAAUGGAUGCGUAAAAGGGAAAAGACGAAACACUAAAAGAAAAAGAAAAAAAAAAAAGAAAAAAAAAACGGAGACAGAAGGGAUUCUCUCUCUGAUUCGCGUAGUUCCUCUUCUCAAGAUAUACGAAGAAGAUUUAAUUAUACUUCUAAUCAUAUCUAUUGGAAUAAGGAAAAACCCACGAGGAUUGCAAGUACAAGACAACGACUGUGGUUUCCCGCGUACGAUUUUUCUUGUUUUUUUUUUUUCUUUUUUUUUUUUCUUCUUUCUAUAACUGUUCAUAAGUUCAUAAGUUUGAUAAGGAAAAGAGAGAUCGUCAAGAGAAAAAACAGAUCGAAAUAUCUGUCGCGAUAUUUCUUCAUUUCGUUCUUUUCCUCCGUCUAGAAACUUUCUAUCUUUCUCAAUUGAUCUCUUUCUCUCUUUUCGUUGGUGCAGUGCCACAUAAUCUAUUUUCGAUCUUCUUCGUCGCAAGUGAUAACAUUGUGCGGGGGAGUGGAUGGAGUGUCUAAGUGAAACCACGUAUCACGGAUCGUAGAAUGGCACUGUCUUAUCUACAGGAGGCACAGGUUAAUGCAGAUCAUUCGAUCUUUGAUCUUAGGACUUCUGGCUGGAGAACAUCUCGACAUGAAGCAAGAAUCGGAGAAGCAACCUCUCUCACCGCCUUUGCACAAUAACAAUAACAACAAUAACACUUCAUCGGCGAUGUUCUCUGGAAUGGGUGCUGCAGCAGCAGGAUUGUCGAUGUUGACUCCUCAACAAUUAUUGGCCGCCAGCCGAACGGCAGCUCUAAUGGCAGCCGGCAUUCCUGUUUCACUACAUGCUACUUUAGCGGCGAGUCCAUCUCUUUAUCAACAUCAUCAGACACUCUUUGGAGGGUGGGCGCCACCCGCAGCUUCUUCACCCCCUUCGCCACUUCAUCACUCGCCUGGUUCAGUUUCGUCAGCUCUUGCCACGACAAAAUCCUCUUCCCGCCGCCUUAGUUCCGGUAAUACGAAUAAUAAUAAUAAUAAUAAUAAUAACAACGUCGUGAGCAGUAGCGCGGAUAGAAUCAGUAAUAAAAAGAGCCAAGCGACGAAGAGAAAGUCAACGAAGGUGGCAAAGACGGAGAGCAACGUUCAAAAUUCAUUGGAGAGCGUGGCGCCACUUAGCCCACCUACGUCAAUCAGUCCGGAGGCGGGAAAAGAUGGCAGGGACAAGGUCUUCACCUGUGGCGUGUGUUCGAGAUCUUUUGGUUACAAACACGUGUUACAAAAUCACGAACGCACGCACACGGGUGAGAAGCCGUUUGAGUGUCCGGAAUGUCAUAAAAGAUUUACUCGAGAUCACCACCUGAAGACGCACAUGAGAUUGCAUACCGGUGAGAAACCAUAUCAUUGCAGCCAUUGCGAUCGACAGUUCGUCCAAGUAGCCAAUCUCCGUCGUCACUUGCGUGUGCAUACGGGUGAACGUCCGUACGCUUGCGAACUCUGUUCGGCCAAAUUCAGCGAUUCGAAUCAACUCAAGGCACAUUCUUUGAUUCAUAAAGGCGAAAAACCAUUUGAGUGUGAACAUUGUCAGAUGCGUUUUCGAAGAAGGCAUCAUCUGAUGCAUCACAAGUGUGGUACUAGCAGUGUGAUGCUUGGAGGACAGGGGUCGAGGUCACGAGUAGCAUCACCGUCCGUAGCUAGCGAUGAUCUCGAAGACGAUAUCGAUAUCGAUAUAGACGUAGAUAUCGACAUGGAUGAAGUAGAAUCAACGACAACGGUGACUACGACUACGAUGGCUACAACGACGAAUACAGCCACGACGACGACUAUGACAACAACAACGACAACUAUAACGACGUUGCCCCAAAGAAAGAGUUUGACCACGCCCAUUGCUAAGAGGUCGACUCAUCGACAACGUCAACAGCAGCUACAGAGUUCGGUAAUCGAUCCGGCUGUUUCAUUACCGAUCAAUCUGUCUGGUAUACCGAUCGACUUACCGGAACAAACCGAACCGGAAGACCUUUCAAUGUCUACAGGGAUGCAAAGAGUAAUCUGCAUGUCUUGAAAUAGCGAAAAAUUGAAUUGAAUUGAGUCAAGUGAUAAAUUUAAAAUUGAAUAUAUGGAAAACAAUAUUCAAUGUUUUUUGCCAGAGAGCACAAAUUUAGGCAUUUCAAGUGUAUAUAGUAUGUCGUUAUAAUGCGUUCGCGUUCAUGUUCCAAAUAUUUCUUUUAUGUAUAUACAAGUAGAUAUCGCGUAAUCCUAAAUGAACAUGAUCUCAUAUGAAUGUGAUUUUUAACGGACUUCAUACUUGUACGAUACCCCAGGUUUCUUCUUCUUAGCUACUUCGUUCAAUUAUUUGAUUGAAUUAUUGAGAAAAGGGCUGAUUCUCUUUCUCUCUCUCUCUCUCUCUCUCUCUCUCACACUCUCUCUUUCAAUCGAAAGACCGUGUAAGAAUGUUGUAUAGUUACGAAGCGUGUUCACAAGAAACAAAUUCGUUAAGUCGCCUUCUUUCACGGCGUUAUGAUACACGUUUCUCCUUCAUACCGAUAGAAGAAAAAAGCAAGAGGUAUAUACACAUAAGCUGUCGUUUAUAAAUUCAUUUCUAUAUGAAAUCUUGUCGUCGAGGGUCCCGAAGUAUUUUCUAUAUAUACUAUGUGUAUAUAUAUAUAUAUAUGUGUGUGUGUGUAUAUAUGUACGUGUGUGUAAACGUACAUAUAUAUGUAUAUGUAUACUAUAUAUAUCUACAAUGAACUCCGUGAAACUCAGGGUUGUAUUUUACCUUUUGUCAGGUUACGAGGUCGAAACUCGCCGAUCUCCGUCGCUAUUCUACAUAUUCUUCUCUUUUUGUUCAGACAGUGAAAAAGACGUAUUCUCUUCUUUUUUCUUUCUUUUUUUUUUUUUUUUCUUUUUUUUUUCCUCUUUUUUUUUCUUCUUCUUUUCUUUUUUUAGUUUAUCACACUGUCCUAUAAAAGGGGAUAAAAAUAUAAGAUAGAGAGUUAAAAGAACUAUUUUCCCCUCGAGUAAGUAUAUAGAGACUAUUUUUGCGGAAUCGUCAGGUUUCCCGUUGAGGCCGAUCUCACGAGAUGGGUCGAAACACGUGUAGCGGUACACGAGGGAUAGAAGAAAAUGAACGAAGAAACGACUCUCUAAACGUCCAACGUGAAUAACGAGAGAAAACUGUGAACGACCUCAGGCCUUCGUAAAAUCUACACUUUUAGGAGAAAGUGUAACAGCCGAGGGAUGAAAUGGAGUACAAAAGGAUGCGCCUUUUUCGAAAGUAGGUGACUAAGAAUUUGCUCUCGAUCUUUUAAAAUGAAAGAAGAAUUUAUAUUUCAAUAUCUUUAGUUUCAUAAACAUUUCGUUUUUAGUAUAUUCAUUUUUAAUAUUUUAUUAAUUACUUUUUCUCCAAUGGCAUAUAUAAAAUAAUUAUGUAAAAAGGGGAAGGGUAUUGAUUUAAAAAUGAAUAUCGAUAUGAUCGAGAUAUCGGUUAGAUAUUAUCGUCAAAUUUUUCUCCCUGUUUCAAAGUAUUCGCGUAUUAUCGAUCCUCUUGAUAGUUCCCGCAUCCUUACGAAACAACUAAUCCGUCUUUGAAUGCCGCGGCACGAGUCGGAGGGUGGUUAGAGGAGGGUUGAACGAAAAAGAAAGAGAAAGAAAUAGGGAGAGAACAACGACAAAGUCGUAAAGGAGAAGAACAGAAAUCUCGAUCGUAUUCGAUGGUGCGCGAGGGUGAUGUCUUUACGAAAUAAAAAAAAAAGAGAAAGAAGAAAAGAAAGAGAGAGAAAUAGAGAGAAAGAGAGACAGAGAGAGAGAAAGAGAGAGAGAGAGAGAGACAUCGUUUCGAUUCAUAUUGUGCGACGAAGCGAAUCGUAACCAGAACACACAAUAUUUCUUCUUUUUCGUCAUCGGUAAGAAAAGAGAUCGUAAGAUCCUUCGUAAGGAAGAGGAAACACGAGAGGAAAAGGAAGAAAAGCUUUUCUCUCUCUCUCUCUCUCUCUCUCUCUUUCUUUCUCUUUUUCUCUCUCUCCCCCCUUUCUUUUCCUCUCUUCUUAACGCGAGCAAAGCCUGACACGAAGCGAACGGAAGAGAAACGAGGGCAAUUUUCCCUUUCUCUCAUUCUCUUUCGAAGGAUGUUUGCAGAAAAUGUAGAAGAGAAGAAUAUCUUCUUCUUAUUCUUCCUCCUCCUCUUCUCCUAUUCUUCUUCUUCUUCUUCUUUUUCUUCUUCUUCUUCUUCUUCCUCCUCCUAUUCUCCCUAUUCUUCUUUUUCUUCUUCUUCUUCUUCUUCUUCUUCUUCUUCUUCUUCAUCAUCAUCAUCAUCAUCAUCAUCCACACUUCAUUGUACCAUCGGUAGUAGUUUUGAGGUAGUAGUAUUAUAUUACGGAUUGUUAUUCUGGUUAUAACAUUUUGUCGAUGAAAAUAAAAGAGCAUAAAAAGGACAGUAGAAUGGAAAGAUAGACCCGGAAGUAAGAUAGUUGACAUUCGUCCGUACAGAAACCUAUCUAAUGGAACAAUAACUCCAAGUGACCUCGACAUAGACGACCUACAACGAAAGAAAUUUGCAUGCCCUGGAACGGGCAUAAAUCAGUAGAGCAUUGAGAGACUAAGAAAGAGAGGAAAAGAUAUGUCGGGUCGACUCGAAGGCAGGGGAGGACGACGAAUCACCACCGGCUGCGAAUUUUCGGCACGCAGAAGGAAUCAUUGCGAAAACUGGUUCACGCGAAAGACCGUGCCGCAGGCAGACUCGUAGGACAAAAGCUUUCAAAGAAAUUUUAUCCCGACCGGCUGCGAGUCCGAAGAAAUAGAGAAUGGAAAUCGGAGAGUUCUUUAAAGAUACGUGCGUUUUGGAGAAUUCACGCGUUUUCAAACGUUGUUUUUCUAAGAGAUCACUUUGAACGAAAUAAUAUCGAAAAUUUUAAAUUGAUCGUACCGUAUUGAAAAAAAA